CAUAGUCAUUGGGUCCUAUUGUUCAGUCUCACAAUGUUAUUGGAUCGUACAUUUGUUUAUAAGUCACGCCUUCUGGCCAUGAACUCACACAACCUCUCAAGGUUUCCUUCGAACAACAUCUAUUGGUUUCAUUGGACUGGAUUCAUCAGAUGCAUAGAGAAAUGCCUUCAGGUGGUACCAGAAGAGCACAACUCUGUGGAUGAGAUGAUGAUUCCUUUCAAGGGGAAAUUCAGCAGCAUCAAGCAAUAUAUGCGAGGCAAGCCAAACCCAUGGGGAUUCAAAGUGUGGGUGAGAACUGGAAUCUCUGGCAUGAUGUGUGACUUCGAUGUCUACCAAGGCAGUGUCAACGGAAUACGAGCCAAAUCUGAACUUGGAUUGUCAGGUGAGGUUGUGAUGAAACUUGCUUCCACACUUCCAGAAGGUCAGAACUACAAACUGUAUGCAGACAACUACUUCACCUGUGUUCCAUUAUUAGUGAAGCUCCUUGAUCGGGGAAUUCAUUACGUGGGAACAGCCAGGCAGGUGCGCCUACCCAACUGUAACCUUGAAGACGAGAAGAGCUUGAAGAAAAAGGGGAGAGGAAGCUAUGACGUCAGAGUGGAGGGGAAUCACAACAUCUGUGCUGUCAAAUGGUAUGACAGCAGGGCCGUCACACUUGUGUCAUCCUUUGCUGGACCUGAACCUGUGCAGAAGAUUCAACGCUGGGACAAAGCCAACAAAACCUUCAUUGAAGUUGAGAGGCCUUACAUUGUUGGUGCCUACAACAAGUACAUGGGAGGUGUGGAUUUGUUGGACUCAUUUACAGCCAAAUAUAAGUUCCCCAUCAAAUCCCGUCGCUGGUACAUGUACAUCUUCUGGCACACCAUCAUCCUCGCUGUGAUCAAUGCCUGGCUGCUCUACAAGCGGGACUGUAAAGCGCUCAAGGUGUCUAGCAAAGAGACAAUGAACAGGAGACAGUUUCAGGCACAGCUAGCAUCCUCUCUUAUCCUGGUAAACGCAACACUUCAAACUCCAAAGAGAGGACGGCCAUCUUCAGGCAAAGGGAGCCCAGCAACACAGUCAGUGACAUCAGGAAGCCCUCUGAAUGCUCAGAAGAGGCCAUCCAAGAGAUGUGCAAACCUCCCAUUGGAUGUACGCAAGGACCUAGUUGGUCAUUUCCCAAGGAAGACAGGGAGAGGACGCUGCAGACAGUGCAAUAAAGGAUACACCAACACGCAAUGCAGAAAGUGUGAUGUUCGCCUUUGCUUUUUAGACAACAGGGACUGUUUUUGGGACUUUCACCACCAAUGAAAGUCUUCAUGACCAAU